UGAAGUCAAGUUCUGAAGAUGAUGAUCCACCUAGUAGUGAUCGGUUACUUCGAUGUCACUGCCAGCAUGGUCACCUAAGAGACUGUGUCUCCUGUGAAGUCUCCUGUGGAUGCCUGCAGCAGAACAAUGCAGAAUGACAAAAUGACUUCUAUAAAAAAUCUGGCCAGGACUGCAAUCAUUUUAUAUGCCAUAUGCUUUUUUAUGAAGUCUGAUGGAAGACCAAUGAUGAAAAGAUCAGUGAGUGAGAUGCAGUUAAUGCAUAAUCUUGGAGAGCAUCGACAUGCCGUGGAGAGACAGGACUGGCUUCAGAUGAAACUGCAGGAUGUGCACAGUGCCCUUGAGGACGCCAGGACCCAGAGGCCUCGGAACAAGGAUGAUAUUGUCAUGGGUGAGAUAAGAGGUCGCAGGCUGCUCCCUGAGCACUUGCGGGCAGCACUGCAGAAGAAAUCCAUCGAUCUGGACAAAGCUUACAUGGAUGUAAUCUUUAAAACAAAGCCAUAACAAAAAAAGUCAGAGCAUUAUGUCUAAGUAAGCACAUGUCUGUAGAUCAUUGAUCAAGUAGGGCAUUUUAUUAUUAUUUAUUCAAACUGCAAUAAGGAUAAAAGGCUCCACUCAAGAUUGUAACUCCAUUGAGCUAGACAUUUCACAAACAAAUAAUAAAAUAUAUUUACAGUCCACCCAUGACCAUUGCUGCUAAUUUUGGGGUAUCUUUUAAAUGGCUAAUGUACCUUAUAAAAUUCCAGCAUAAAAAGAAAAAAAAAAAAAAAAAAAAGGAAACAAACCAGUAAGAAAGUUGAAAAAUCAUUUAAGACCAGCUCUACUCUACUCUUACAUGGGCAGCAUUUGUAUGUAAUCACUAGGCCUACUUGUUCUUUUAACUAACAAUGGAUAAAUGCAGUAGAACCUGUCUCCAGAAUAGGGCACCAAUUUGCCUUGAGUUAAGUUUUGAUUAACUUUGUACUAAUGAAAAUAUGUAAACUUAAAUCCACAUUUAUUUUCAGAGGAAAGCCUAAAAUCAGAUUAACAUUAAUUACAUAGCAAAAGCUGCAUGAUAAUAAUUUAGGAUUAAAGAGUGCAAACACAAAAAAUGAAAGUAGGAAGGCAAAGCUUAAGAUUAAAGUACAAUGGGAUAAAAUUAAAACAAAUUCUGUUUGGAAUAGAAGAAUGAAAUUUUGCAAAAUACUGAAAUGAAGGGAAGGUUUGGUUACCUUUUCCUCCUCCAAAAGAUUACAACCUAUAAUUAAAUGCAGAAACAGUGGGAGCAGAGAUGGUAGCAUGUAUCUAAGCAUGGCCCUAACUAUAAAACUGGGAAAUGAUUCUAUACCAGACAAUUACAAUUAAAACAAAAAUCUUGCAAUAUCUAUUUUCUGUCCCUCAUUCUCCCUGUGAAGUAUCUAUCUCUGAAUUUCUGUAUGUUGUGUUAGGCCUCAUAUGAGUAAGUAUUUUUUGUUUGUGAGACCAUUGGCUCCCACAAAUAAAAUUACUCAUUUUCACAUGCAAUUUUUUGUAGGACUGGGGUCUCAGUUUGCCAGAUCCCCCAAAUGAGAACCAGUAACAUGCAGAAAUCAAAACCUGUGAGAGGAACCAUUAGCUGUGAUACAUUUAAACUCUAAGCAGGGUUCAAAAUAAUCAAACAUAAAUAUGAAUGGGAAAAAUUUGAUUAUAACAAUUAAAAAAACCCCAGCAAAUAGGAUAUUAUAUUGAGUGACAUGUACAGAUAUGUGCUUAGGACUCCUAAUCACUUCUGACUAAUAAGAAAGCUUUUGGAGUAAGAGUAAUGGUGGCUGUCUCCAAAUUUAUCUGUUCCCACAUCACUUCUUAUUUGUUUGUUUGAUGUCUAGCAUGCCUUGGGGAACCUAGAGAAAAACUCAUAAAUCAUUACAAAUAUAAACGCAAUCUGCUGCAGGUUAGGAAGGUACUUGCAACUAGUUAACUGUAUUUCAUAAUCUUGGCUAUGCUUUUCCUAAUGUAAAGGCCCUGAUGCUGCAAGCAGAUGGUGUCGCCUGGGCACAUCAGUGCACCCCACACACAGGCAAAAAUUCCAUGCCACUUGUCUGUUAUUGAGGCCUUAAAGUGCACUUUCUAUUUAUUCUUUGAUCAGACAUCUGUGCUAACUUAAAGAAAUAAAACUGCAUUUUUGUACCUAUGUCUCACUUUUGUAUUGCCAAAUAAAGUGGACCAAAAGCUCUUGGACAUUAUUUUAA